AUGGGUUGCUUCUAACCAAAAAGUAUAAUUAAAAUUGUCGCUAUGAAAACAACUAACAAAGAUUACAUCUUUACGUCAACUGCUGACAUUCACAAAAUAUUUUCUUUCGGAAAAGUGCUAGGAAUAGGAGUAUUCGGUAAAGUUCUAACUGCAAGAAGGCGAAAUAAUAAUGAAAAACAGUAUGCUAUAAAAAUGAUUGACAAGAAAAAAGUUAAGGGAAUGGAAACCAUGUUAGCCAAUGAAAUUUAUAUAUUACAAAGGUUAGAUCACCCUAAUAUUAUCAAAUUCCAUGAAGUAUAUCAAAGUGAACUAUAAUUUUACAUCUGUAUGGACAAAUGUGCUGGAGCAGAAAUUAUGGAGAGCGUACCAAAAAAUUAAAAAUCAUACACUGAAGGUUAGGCAAGAGAUAUCAUGAUUAAAGUAAUUAUUAGUACUAUUUGUAGAUUAUUUCAGCAGUUGCUUACAUUCAUGAAUAAGGAAUUAUACAUAGAGAUAUUAAACCAGAAAAUAUUAUGUUUACAGAAAGAGACAUCAGAUCAGAACCUAAACUUAUUGACUUUGGGCUAUCAGUGAAAUACGAUGCUUUCAGUUACAAGUAAAGAAAUAUCCAUAAUAAUUUAGUAAACUCAAAGCUGGAGUAGGCACACCUGUCUAUUUAGCUCCAGAAGUAAUUGAAGGAACUUAUAAUGAAAAAUGUGAUAUUUGGAGUCUUGGAGUGUUAUUGUUUAAUAUGCUUGUAGGUUAUCCUCCUUUCUAUGGUAGAAAUCGAUAAGACCUUUAUGAAAAUAUAAAAUAUCAAAAUGUAUUAAUUUUGAAUAAUACUUUAGUUGAUUUUUGAUCGAAGACAUUGGAGAAGUACUAGUGACGAAGCAAAAGAUCUCUUGAAGAUAAUGCUUAACAAAAAUUAAAAUUUAAGAUAUUCUGCCAAGGAAUGCCUUAAACAUCCAUGGUUUUAACUUUUAUUUAAGGAUGGAGUUUAUAGGCCUCCAAGAAGGAGUACUGGAUUUUCAGGAACUUAAUCUGAAGAUGAUUAAAGAACUUUAUAUUAAAUGCUUAAAACUUAUCGUAUUGGGGCUAAAUUUAAGAAGGAAGUCAUGAAAGUCUUGGUGAAUCAGAUGAAUGAAAAAGAUUUAGGAAGAUUGUAAUAGAUAUUUAAAAAUAUUGAUGUUGAUAAUUCUGGCACAAUUACAGUGUAAGAGUUACAUCAAGCACUUUAGCAAGAAGUAAAAAUGAAAAUAAUUGUAAGGGUUCCUUAACCACAAUUGAGGAGAUUGAAUAAAUCAUGGAAAAAAUUGGGUAUGACAUUGAUGAAUUAGAUGAUAUAACAGUAUCUCAAUCUAACAAAUCUUCAACAAAACCUUUAAUUAUUAAAUACAGUGAUUUUUUAACUGCCUGCAUUGAUGAAAGACGUGUUUUCACAAGAGAGAAAUUAUGGUCUAUUUUCAAAUAUUUUGAUACAUAGAAUGAAAAUCAUUUAUCAAGAGAAGCAAUUAGAGAAUCAUUUGCAAGACAUGGACGCUCAGUUCCGAUUGAAAAAAUUAAUUAAAUGCUAUCUGAAAUUGAUCCUAAUAAUUAGAAUAAAAUUGGAUUUGAUGCUUUUUGUUAGAUGAUGGGAAUUGCUGGAAUCCAAUAGACUCUAGAAUUUAAAGAUGAUACUAAAGAUCCUUAAUCAAUAGCUCCUUCUAUAAUUGUAUGAC